GAUUGAUAAUAAUGGCGACUAAGAUGGCAACCAACAGGAAGUAUCCGUCAUAACUAACCUCACGUGACCAGCCGGGUCCGAAUAGCCAUUUGCGCUAUUGGUACUCGGGUACCUAUAGCCACUUCGAUAUUUUUUUCCUCUUCUAAACUGCUGUAAGUAUGAGGGGAAAAUUGUCGAAGCUCUUCUCCACGCUCACCUACACUUUCUACAUUCAGCAGUAGUCUAUCUGCCUAUCAGAACGCUGUGAGAAUGCUAAAAUAGCAUGGUCACAAACGCUAUGAAAGUGAAAGUACUCAAUCAAUCAAUGUUUGGUGUGUUCUGUUUCGUUCUUUUCGCUAGGGAUUUGUGCUUAUUUAAUUCAAGGAUCGGGGGGGGGGGGGGGGGGGGGGGCAGGAGCGUAGCUUUGGAUGGUCAGUGGUGAUCCUCAAAGUAAAGUAAAGGGGAAACUAAACAAUUCUGAUACCGGUACUCAAAAGUAUGGUGCUGUUGGGUGUAUGUAACUAUGUUGUAAUAACCUAUCAUAUGUAACUUUUUAAUUACUAUUUGAGAAGUCACUCGUGCUUUUAAUUAGCAUAGUGUAUCUAAGUCUAUAGCCGUUGAAACUGAAAGAUUAAAAAAAACACAAUAUCAAUGUUUAUUAGAAAGGACAAAGUAAUCGAUAACAUAUAAACCUGGAUAUCGUUCGAUGUACACAACUAAACGUCGUCGUCAUUACUCACAACUUGUAAUCUUAAAUAUGAGGUGUUUAUUAUUUAAAAAACUUAGAAACAUUAAUAAUUAUCAUGCUUUAAUUAGAUUUUUUAAAACUUGCUCUAUGGGUAAUAUUUUGAAAAUUUCUGUGAAAUCUACCACUUUAGCGUCGUCGUCUAUUCAAAAAUCGUGUUUUUCGGGUUUGAAGUGCUAUUUUACCGGUUAUUCUUUUAUUGAUAAAAUUUAUGUCUAAAAAAUUUAUUAAUCCAAAUAAUUAACUUUUUAAAAAAGAAAUUGUACUAUUCAUUGCUAUGGCUAUAUAUAGACUAUAUAAUAUAUAAUAUUUGGAGCCAUCCUUAAAAAGAUGUCACGCAAUUCAAUUAUUAGUGGGGAGGGUGUCAGUUGUCACAUUUUUGUGACAGGCAGAGGAGAGGGGGGUGGUUAAGCAAAUGUGAUGUUAGGCCUACAUAAUAUAACAGCGGAAUAUUAUAGACAAAAAAUUGCACUGAAAUGAAUAACUGAAUAACACUAAAUUACUAAAUUAAAAUAAUUUUUAACUUAAUUUUUUUUUGUACAGCAAUAAAAGUUUAGGCAAGUUAUUUAUUUUUAACAUUCUUUGCCAUCAAUGCAUACCCUUUCAAUUUCGUAAAAUUUCCCAUAAAUUGUGAAAUAGGGGUGGGGGGUGUAAAGUGGGUAAAAUUUGCGUGAAAUCAUUUAUGGAAAAAUCUUGCGAUUUGUUAAUCCUACAGACAAUGUGACAAUAUCUUUAAUAAGUCAAUUCUAAAAGGGAGAUAACAAAUAAAUUGUUAAAAUUAAAUGCACUACAAUAUUAAUUGGUUAUAUUAUUAUAUAUCUUUAAUUUCUUAAUUAUGACACUAAUAAGAGAUUACUGUUACUAUUGACAAAAAGGCCAUACUUACUAUUAAACUUUAAAUAUUAAGUAAUAUCAGACUUAAUACUUAGGGAAGGAACCAUUUUUGGAAAUGCCGAAAUUUAUUUUGAGACAAACUAUUGUUAACUUUGAGGAAGAAAUAAAAUCUAAGCCUAAACAGCCUAAGGCAGGCUAAGCACACAAAGUAGAGAGUACAGUACCAAGUUCAUAAAAAAAGACUGAGUAGACCUAUUAAUAUUUAUUGUUACCCGAUUUAUUUAUUAUACUGUCUAUUUCCAGGCUUUAGUCUAGAACGAUUUUUAAAAUGUCAUUUAAAAAAGUACAAUUUAUAACUUUCAGAAUAUGUUCAAGUUUACGUGGAGAGUGUUUAAAUCUGUGUUUGGAAUUCUUUUUACCAUUCUGAGGCCUCUGCAGAGGUUAUUCUGUCGCAGACAAAAGCUGUCUAAAAUGGAAGGAGUUGAGCUAACUUCUAUUGGGUCCGGGGACAUGCCAUAUGAUUCUCAAUACUCACUUAGCAAGAGUCAUAUUGAAGAGGUAUAAAGACACAAUAUUUAGUUUCUCUACUAACACUGCUAACAGCAUUUCAUGUACUUAAAGUUUCUAGUAAAUACAUUUUUAUCAAAAGAUCUUGUCAAAAUAAUUUUGGCCACAGGCUAUGGCCAUUAACAAUGAUUUAUGGGUGCAAGCCUCCUCCUGGCUAAAUUGUACUAGAUCAGGGGUGGGUAAACAUUUUGUGCGGAGCGCCACAUUGACAAUUGUAAAGCUAUUUCGGGGCCGCUUGUAUAUUAUGUCCAAUUUUUACAUGUCGAUAAACAUUUCUCUAUAUCAAAAUCGGUAAAUAUGCAUUUUAGCAUUACAUGGCAAAGGUCAAGGACUGUUGAAAAAAAAAAAUUAGAAAGAAAUUUGAUAAAAAAUGUUAAAACAGUCAUAAUGUUACCAGUACAUGAAAUUCUUUAAAUUCAACAAAAUACCUUAAAAACAAAGUAAUUUUAAAAAAUUUCUAGAUACCUUCGAGGGCCGCAUAAUAUAAGUUGCCGGGUCGCAUACUGCCCAUGGGCCGUAGUUUGCCCACCCCUGACGUAGAUAGACUAGAUCAGUGGUCUGCAACAAAGGGCUCCCAUAAUAUUUCUUAGCAAAUAAAAAUUUAUAAAAAGUCUACUCACUCAAAAAAGUUUUCUGACUCCUGGACUACAGUGUUGUGAAAAGGUUAAUGCCCAUCUUUCUCCUCAAUUCCAUCAGUUUUGUCUUGUGACAUAUUUAUGUGCUUUGUAUUCAUACCCGACUAUAUAGCUAUACACUUAUAAAGUAUCACAGUUCAAUUCAUUUCUAAACCUAUCCAUUAACAUAAAAGAUAAACAAGUAAGAAUUAUAGCUUUUCAACCCAUCAAUUUGUGCAACAACGGUCUUGGUAAACCACUGCAUGAAUUAAAAUCCCUUCCAUUCUGAAAUCAUUGACUUUGUCAAGACAGUUUUUUUCUCUCAAGCCCUCCACAGCAUCAGAUAAUUUAUUUUAGUUUAUUUUAUUUUGUUGUUCACUUGAUUUCAGUCUCUGGAGAAACUUUUUGUAUACGCAUUAGUUCUUUUAUUGUGGCUAUUCCUGUACCUUAUGCUACUUAUUUCUAUUUUUACCUAACCUGAUCCUCCACCCAUAUACAGUUACUUAAAUAAAAAGUUUUGAUGUAACUAAGGUUAAAACAGAGUGAUCAGUUCUAACAUGUUGUUUAGUAUUUUUAUUAUUAAGAUUAUUGCUAUCAUGGUUAAUUUUGUACAUUAUGUAUCAUACAGAUUGAACCCGAGACCUGGGACACAUGGGAUGACAAAGGUGAACAUUCUUCUAGGGAUCAAUCAGCAGCACAGAGGAAGGAUCAAGCUCAGAGAGGAUAUGGCACCUCACACAAUUAUCACUAUAACAAAAAACUAAUGGAGCCUGAACCAGAAGAAGAGGUUAAUUUUUUUGAAGACAUGACACCUCAAGUCAAGAGACAGCCCAAGGUACAGCACAUUUUUUUUAAUGAACAAUAAGAUCAUCUGAAUAUGCAGUUCCUGGUCUUCACUCAUUAAAAUAGAAUUGAGCCACCAGCAUAGCAUAAGGUUACUGAGGUAUCAUUGGGUAAUGGAGUUAACAUUGCAUCACUGAAAUUAAUGUGUUUUGAAAAUUAUAUUUUAUUUUAAGAAGUAUAAUGCCAACAAAAGACAAUCAAUAUCCUUACUUUGAUAUGAUCAUGAGAAAUAAAUGAAACAAGAAUUGAAAUAUUUUAAAUAAUUUAUCAAGAAAUGAAAUGACAAAUUAUUUAAUACAUAGUUUUAAAAAAAUUGCAAGCAUUUUCAUCUUCACUCUAAAAUGCCAGUAUUCAAACAUCCUACGGAUUACAUUUGGGUGAAAAUAAAUGAUUCAAACAUGUUUCCAUAACUCAUAAAUCAGCUGCGUCCUCAACUCAAUAAGAGAACAGCCAAUGCUGUAGCGAUAACUCUAAUCCAGUCAAGAUUAGAUUACUGUAACAGUUGUUUGUGGGGUUUACCUCAGAACAAAUUUCAGAGACUCCAGGAGGUACAAAAUACUGCAGAACAUAUUGUAUAGCGGAUAAAGAAAUCUGACCACAUUACCCCAGUUCUACGAGAUCUCCAUUGGGUUCCUGUGAGUGAGCGCAUUAACUACAAAAUUCUGUCCCUGGCGUACAGCUGCAUAGAAGGCUCUGCACAAGAAUAUCUUAAAGAACUGAUUUAUAAACAUGUAUCCUUAAAGAACCUGCAGUCUUCAACACAGUCCUUACUGAAAAUUUCCAGUGUUGAUGUCCUUAUGAAGUGCGCUCUUUUGAAGCAAUAGUGCGAAAAAUUAUGGAACAGUUUGCCCCACUCUCUGAGGGGAAUUAAAAAUGAUAAAAAAUCAUUUAAGAAACAUUUAAAAACAUUUUUGUUUAAAUAGAUUUAAGAAAACCAGAGUGCAGUGAGCAUGCUAAAGUAGCAUGGAUACCAGCACUAUAUAAAUAUCCAAUCAAUCAAUAGAAGUUUUUAAAAAUGUACAAUGAUAAUGUAUUAAAGUGAACACCAAACAAAGCAAAAUUAAAGCUUAGUAUCUCAAAGCUAUCUGCACUUGGUCCUUAUAACUCUAAGUAUAAGCCAGUUUGAAUUUUAACAUUUCAUAGAUCACGAUCUAUGCAGGUGAAAUUUAAAAAAAAUUCAUUUGUUAAUCAUUGUCAAGUAUAGUUUGUUUUUUAACCAAUCCCAGGUCCUCGUUAGUUGAAAAAUGCAACCGAAUAAGUUUAUGCUAAAAUGUUUCAAUUGUGUUUUUUUUGGUGAUGCUGCAAAACAUGCUAUAUUAAAUAUUUUAUUUAUAUUAUAUAUGUCAUCAACAACAUAUUUUUGCUAUUUCAGAUACUGAUCCGUAAAAAGGAUGCGGCACCAACUUCUUUCCCGUAUUUCUCUGACAGACUGGGAGUUUUAUCAGAUGUCCCUCUUGCAGUAAGUACAAAUGUAAAUAUCAUUAAAACAUAAUUGCUAAGAAUAUGAAAUUCUAAACAGAGCAUCUCUCACCUGAACCUGCAGAGUCGUAAAAGAAGGUUUCAAGUUGAAGGCAAUUCUUCCAUUAGCUUUGUUUGCCUGUUUUCAUAAUGCAAUGCUAUUUUCCAAUUGAUUUAGAACUCUGAGCUGGAAGCUUGGGAAGAUGAAAGCAAUGCCUGGGAAACAGAGGAAGCAUCAGAAGAUCUGUCUUGGCAAGCACAAGAAGCUAUCAAGGAGAAGAAAAGGUUGGAGAGAUUGGAAAGACAGAUGGAACAGCAAAAAAAAAAGCAAAAGAAGGAAGAGAUGAGAGGAUUAAAAACUGGAUCAUUGAUAGCAACCAAAUUGUCAUGAUAAAAUGUUUUAUUGAAAAUAUAUUUUAAAAUAUUAUUUCAUAAGUUAGAUAUCCAAUGCUCUACAUGAAUGAGAUUGCAUAGCCAGACUUACUUCCCUUUAUCUCAGGGUGGGUAUAAUUUCUUGCAGUUUGCAGCUUCCCUUUUACAGCAUCAACUUCAUUUUCAGACAAAGAUCUCUCCCCCCUCCUUGAGAGUACUUUUACAAUAGCUAAAACUGCUCCCCCAGAUUUUAGGCUUUGAAGUCUUUAUUUUGAACGUCUUUUGUUUUUAUUUAAAUUUAUAAAAAGUUGCAAGAGAUGUACAAUAUUUGUAUCAGAAAAUCUUUUUUUUUUUUUUUUAAAUAUUUCAUUCCAUUGCCAUUGUAUUCAUUUCUUUGAGAUGUCUCCAUCUUCUUCAAAUGAAACAGUAGGCGGAAUUUCCUUAUCUUACCCUCACCCCCACCUCUUAGUGCAUAAGUAAACUAUGGAUGGUCUCAUGUCACCAGCAAUAGCGUUAGGGCCCCCGGACAUUCGGGAUCUUUGUGCUGCGCUGUAGUGUUAAGAAAUUGUCAGCAUUAUGCUUGCUUAAAAUGCCAAGUUGGAAAUGAUUGUACUUGGUGAGCAAGUACAGGUUGUAACUGUAAAGUAUGCUGAGUUUGGCAAUGGAUUAAUAAAGUUAUGAACUUUCCCCAAGGAGAUGAAGGCCAGAAGGGUAGUUAAUGUAUUUUUUAAUUUAAAUUGUUAGAAGUUCCCAACCUGGAUGACUUGUGACCUAUGUGAUAUGGUUUAAGUUGGUGCUUGACUAUGGUGUCAAAAAAGUUAAUAUUUAAUCGCAACCUUUUUCACACCAAGGUCAACUUAACAGAAACUUUUUCGGAAGUGAAACCAACAUUGUUAUGUCUUAUUUUCUUUGAGGCCUAAUGUUGAAAAACUAGUGACUAUGAGGUGCCCAUUUCAUUGAAUAUAUUUGUUGUUUUAUUUUAAUUCAUAAAUGAAAAAUAAUUUAGUUCUUAUUUCUAGACUCAUACUUUAUCUGUUUUUUUGUUACUGAAUGUAGGUAUAUUCCUAAAUUGGUGAACAUUAAUUAUUUUUUAAAAAUUUAAUUGGAUAAGUUGUUUAAUUUUUCAUGGUGGGUUCUCAAAUCAAAUGUAAUUUGGGUAUGUGGUCUUCCUGUAUAAAUUAUUGGGAAACACUGAUCUUAGGUAAACAUUUUCUAGUUUGUUACAAUGCAUAAAUAUUCAAGUGCAAAGAACUGGAAGUGAUCUGAUCAGAGAUGAUGUAAGCGCAGUGUAUGGGUAUCUUUCACAACCAUAUCUUUCUUCUUAACCUACUCCUGCCAUACACGCUGUUUGGCUGCCUUCCUAUUUCCCCAUUUCUGUACCUGCCCGAGUUCUCAUGCCAAUGCCUUGUGAUGUAGCAUUAUCAUGUUCAUUCAGGAUGCCUGGCGACCCAACUACCAUACACCUGACUGCUGAAGUUAACUGCUAUUCUUGAGAGCACACCACUCCUGAUGACAAGGAAAUCUGAACUCUUUUUAUCUUCUUUCAUUACUUGGUUUCCAAAUUUCAUUAGGAUGGCUUUCUAAGUAUAUUUAGCCAGCAGAGUGUCUUAAAGAUACCAACUGUCGAUACCAACAUCAAAUCCAUUUUAUGAGGAUAAUUUGUGUGCUCAUGUGUUUGAAGAAGUCCCUGAAGCAGAAUUAAAAAAUGAUAUAAAUUAAAAUACUACUGCUGUUGAUGCUAUCAACAGUAUAAUGAUGGCAGUGAACUUGUAUGAAAGAAAUUUAUGAGUUAAGAAUAAGAAAUACUUUUAACACCAUGAUUCAAAUUUUGUUUUAUAAAUAAACUUUUUUUAAAAAAAUUGUCAAAUAGAUUACAGCUCAUAUUUAAUGAACAAAAUCAAAUGUUAUGUACAUUUUAAUGAAAACAUGCAUAUUUUAAAAUGGAUUCACAUUUUGACUAAACAUCAAAAGAUGAGUCUAGGAGUGGGUUACAUUGAUUUAACAAAGAAGUAAUGUUUGAACAUGUCUAUCAUAAAAAUAUUUAAAAAAUGGUUUAAAAUUAUUUUUUUUUAAUGAAACAUGUCAAGCUACAUUAAAGUAUUUUUAGAGAUUGUUCUUUGUAUUGAGUACAGGGGAAAUAAAAUGUUAUAAAUGUUUAAGAAAUCAAAUUGUAUGUUUGAAAAUUUCAUUGUGAGUGGCUUUUCAUAUGAUUAAAAUGUAUGAACUUGUAUUGCUUUACAUCCUGUUAACAUUACAUUUUAAAUUUCUUUCCUUCCAAUUAAUUAAGAAAAUUUGUUAUAAAAAUUGAAAAUUAUGUUAAAGUACAAUUACAAUUUGUUUUUAAUUUUAAGUAAUCAUAA